UCUGGUCCGAGACCCUCGGCCCGCCUAGCGGGCGCUCCACCUGCGCGCCGGCUCCCGGAUCCCCCUACACCGGUUCUGCGCCGGCGCGGUACCAGGGCGCGCGGGGGAGCUGCGAGGCGCAUGCGCCGUGCGGGGUCGCCGCUCUGCAGCCGCCGCUGUUGCCGCCUCCGCCGUUGCCGCCUCCCUGCCGGCAAGUGUGUGAAGAAGGAGUUGAGGGUCGCCGCCGCCGCUAUGGGGAGAAAGUCAAGCAAAGCCAAGGAGAAGAAGCAGAAGCGGUUGGAGGAGCGAGCAGCCAUGGAUGCCAUUUGUGCCAAAGUGGAUGCUGCCAACAGGCUCGGAGACCCUCUGGAGGCUUUCCCAGUGUUCAAGAAAUAUGAUAGAAACGGGUUGAAUGUCUCCAUUGAAUGUAAGCGAGUGUCUGGACUGGAGCCAGCCACCGUGGAUUGGGCCUUCGACCUGACCAAAACGAAUAUGCAAACCAUGUAUGAGCAGAGUGAGUGGGGCUGGAAGGACCGAGAGAAACGGGAGGAAAUGACAGAUGACCGAGCCUGGUACCUCAUCGCGUGGGAAAACAGCUCCGUCCCUGUUGCCUUUUCUCACUUCCGGUUUGACGUGGAGUGUGGGGAUGAAGUCCUGUACUGCUAUGAAGUGCAGUUGGAAAGCAAGGUGCGGCGGAAAGGCCUGGGGAAGUUCCUUAUACAGAUCCUACAGCUCAUGGCCAACAGCACACAGAUGAAGAAGGUUAUGUUAACAGUAUUUAAACACAAUCAUGGCGCCUACCAGUUCUUCAGAGAAGCGUUGCAAUUUGAAAUUGAUGACUCUUCCCCCAGCAUGUCCGGUUGCUGUGGGGAGGAUUGCUCCUAUGAGAUCCUGAGCCGGAGGACCAAGUUUGGGGACAGCCAGCACUCCCACGCGGGUGGGCACUGUGGUGGCUGCUGCCACUGAACUCUCAGAGCCACUUUCAAGUCACAAUGCUCUCUCCUAAGGCCUUUCCUCUUUCCUGGUCUCACCGUUUGCCAGGUGUCCUCGGAGCUGUGGCCUCCCCAGCCCUGCACGUACCAGGCUGCACCCUGAGAGCACAGAACCCUGGGGAGAAGUGGAUGAGCUGCUCCUCCUCUCCUAGGAGACCAGAGUGCUAGGAGGGAAUGAAAGAGAGAGGGAAGAGUGGGUGGGGCCUGGCAGUGAAGCUCAUCCUCCACAGUGGCUGCCUCCUCACUUGGCUCCUGGGGCCUGCAGUGGAGGUUCUCCCACCUCUGCAGCUCCUAGAGUCCUGGAAACCUCCCCUCCCCUUACACAUACACUUGGACAAAUGGAAUGUUUAUGCCCACCUUUAUGAAAGUUCUGGAGUCCUGGGUCUGGGGUUUGCUGAUCCCCAAAGAGGAGCACAUAGGGUGUAAGAUCUGGGCAUAGAGGGAGGCUUCAGAGAGACUCACACUUUCGCAGAUGGAAUGCUCUUAUGGAGACUGUGGGAAGAUCUUUUGUGCCAAGAUGCAGGGAAGUGAAGAAAGCUCUUUCCAGCUGUUUUUAUGGAUUCAUGGAGUGGGCUCAUGUUGAGACCAGCUGACUCUGGGAGGAAGACUGCCUCUCUCCAUUACUGUCAGUGAGAGAGAGGCUGAAAGGACCAGGAACGAGGUGUUCUGUGGGACCCGCCAUGGGGAUGAUUGCUUCUCUAGGCUCCUGGACAUUGCUGCAUUCUAAGCUUAACCUCCUGGUCUCAUGGCAGUGACCUGAGCUUUUGAUUCAUAGAAGAAA